UCAUUGGAUCUGUCAUCAGCUGUUGCUGUCGUCUGUUAGAAUCAGAUGACUUGAAAGGAAUUACAAAAUAUAUUACUAUUGAUAUUUACUGAAAUCUCUGCCGGUAAAUGAAUUAGAGUAUUGUUUUUGAUUAAGCCAAUUGUAAUAAUUCAUCAAGAUGUCGACCGCUAUGACUUUUGGACAAAAACAAUUCAUACCAACCCCACCAGAUAAGGGAAGUUUUCCUCUGGACCAUGAUGGAGUUUGUAAAGAUAGUAUGAGGAAAUAUAUGAAGUGUUUAUUGAACAAUAAUGGUAAUAAUUCUCUGUGUCGAGAUGAAGCGAAGGAAUACCUUGGAUGUAGAAUGGAUAAUAACCUUAUGGCCAAAGAAGAUUGGAGCAAACUAGGUUUCAAAAAUGAAGUUACAGAAGAUAAGAAAUGACAUUUUGUUAAUACAUUUAGGUAAGAACAUUGUUAAUAAUUUUGUUGUAUUUAAUAAACUUUAGUAAUAGUAUAA